AUGAAACCAAUUGCCUUACUACUAGUCCUUUUCACAAGUUUAUCACUCGCUGAUAUGAAUAUGGAUUCCCAUUCAGAUAUGAUGCUGGGUAGUCACCACAAUGAGGAUGUUGAUUCAUUGGAAAGUAUGCCAACUUCUACUGAGAACACAGAUAAUAUCAAUUCAACCGAAUCAUUAGUGCCAAUUCCUCAUGUAAUGAAGCAUAUGCAUGGAGUUCCUAUUUUGCAGACUAAAUUGUUGCCCCAAGAAAGAUUAUUCUGGGAGAACUACAAUACUACUACGUAUUUCACUGUCGAAAGUGCUCAUCGUCCUGCAUUAUAUUUGCAUAUUGCUGUUGGAUUGUUUUCUGUGUUUGUAUUUUAUCCAAUAAGUUUAAUAUUCAAUAAUUUAAAUAUGGGUAAAAGCUACAUGACCAUGUUGUUAAUACAUUCAAGUUGUAUUGUUUUUUCAUUGUUGAAUUAUUCGAUUUUCAUUAAUUCAAUUCCUGAUCUAUAUCCAGGUAAUGCCUAUAAUAGCAUGGUAAUUAUUUUAUUUGUCACCACGAUUUUGCAAUUGAUUUUUGCCUUUAUCAAAAACAUUGAACCAGGAGAAUCGGAUGGCAAUAAGUAUUUCCAAUUGAAUAAUCAACAUAUGAGAGCUAAUUCUUCUGAUGAAGAAUCAUUACAAUCAAUGAUAAGCCCUCCAUCGACUGAUGAUGUUAUUCCUUCAGAAAAACCAUCAUCUUCCAAGAUGUCAAACUUUUAUGAUAAAGUUAUGAAGUUUAGAACUUGGGUUGCUCAAACAAAAUUCUACAAGAUUUCCAAAAUAGGGUUUAAUUUACUCAAUUGGGGUCACUUUUUCUAUUUUUUGAUUUUGGUUCCAACUGGCGUUGCAACAUUCUGUUGCUAUGGUAAAGGUAAUACUGUUUUCAACUUGUUAGCACAUUUCAUUAAAGGUGGGGUAUUUUUCGCAUAUGGAUUAUUAUCAUUAUCAAGAUAUUGUGGUGGAUUCACUAAUAAAGGUUGGGCAUGGAAUCAUAAAUUUAUUGAUAGAACCAAAAAGCAAAGCUUUUGGUUUUCGUUACAAAACAAAGGAUUAUGGACAAUGGAAAUGAUUGAAAGUUCGUUGAUUUUAUUUUAUGGCUCAACUAAUAUUUUCUUGGAACAUUUAGCCAAUGCUGGAGGUGAAUGGUCACCAAAAGAUUUGCAACACGCUUCAAUUGCAUUUAUUUUCAUUGGUUGUGGAUUAUGUGGUGUUAUCACCGAAUUAAAAUUACAAGAUUGGCGUUAUGAACAAGCAAUGGCUGAUAUGGAGAAAUAUCAAUACCAAGGUGAAGAGCAAAAUCAACAAGAACUUCAAAGCAACACGAACAACAACAACACUAUUAUUAAAGCUAGUCCCGGUUUUAGUCCUAACCCCUUCCCAAUUGUGACUAUAUACUGGACCGGUAUAUUAAUGUCCAAGCAUCAACAAGCAUCUAGUUUAUCUACUGAAGUUCAUGUUCAAUGGGGUAAUAUGUUUGUUUUAGGAUGUGCCUUUAGAUUUAUCACCUAUUUGAUGUUAAUGUUGAAUGCAAAAGUACCAAAAGAUUUACUGAGACCAAGUAGACCAUUUACUGAAUUAGUUGUCAGCUUUAGUUUGUUAUGUGGUGGGUUGAUUUUUAUGGAACUGACUGACCCUGUGAUUUUGUCAUUUGAAUAUUAUGGGUUGACAAGUAUGUUUACUUUGAACAUCAGUUUAGGUUUUACUACUUUAUUUAUGGGAUGGCAAAUGUUAUUAUUUGCUUUCAAAGAUUGGUUGAAGAGUAAGUAUAAUAAGCAACAAGAUAUGGUAUAA